GCUUAUUUAUCGAAAAUGAGCACAAGAACUAUAACAACUCGCGAUUGUUGAAACAUUUUGUUAAAGCAAUAAUUUAAGCAAAAAUUGCAACUGCAACAAACGUAGAUCACGUGCCGCUGACGCAUUUAGCAGUCUCAAAGGAGUUCAACGCGAGCACUCAAGCGGUUGCCAUAUUAAUGUAUUUGCACAAAUUAAACGGCCAGCUAAAGUUGUUAAUGUUUUGCCAGAUAAUCAACGCAAAUUGAUAAGAAGCCACAAUUAAAGUCAAGAGAAGAUGGGCCAAACACUGUCCGAACCGGUGACCGCCAAGGAAUCAUCCUACUGCCAGAAUCAAAAGUAUCGCGUUGGCAGUAGCUGUAUGCAGGGAUGGCGCAUCAACAUGGAGGAUUCCCAUACACAUAUACUGGCCCUGCCCGACGAUCCCUCGGCAGCGUUCUUUGCCGUCUACGACGGCCAUGGUGGGGCCACAGUCGCCCAGUAUGCGGGCAAGCAUUUACAUAAAUUCGUGCUGAAGCGGCCGGAGUAUAAUGAGAAUGAUAUUGAAAAGGCACUAAAGCAGGGUUUCUUGGACAUUGACUAUGAGAUGCUACACAAUGAGUCAUGGGGCGAGCAAAUGGCUGGAUCCACAGCUGUCGUUGUCCUGGUCAAAGAUAAUACGCUAUAUUGCGCAAAUGCCGGCGAUUCGCGUGCCAUUGCCUGUGUCAACGGGCGGCUGGAGACGCUAUCCGUAGAUCACAAGCCAAACAAUGAAUCGGAAUCGAAACGCAUUAUCGAAGGCGGCGGCUGGGUGCAAUUCAAUCGUGUUAAUGGCAAUCUUGCACUCUCCCGUGCAUUGGGCGAUUUUGUGUUUAAGCGAGCGAACAAAAAGCCGGAAGAACAAAUAGUCACAGCUUAUCCGGAUGUGGAGACGCGACAGAUUCAGCCAGACUGGGAAUUCAUUGUGCUGGCCUGCGAUGGCAUUUGGGAUGUGAUGACCAAUGAGGAUGUUUUGCAGUUCUGUCGAACGCGCAUUGGCCAAGGCAAACAGCCGGAAGAGAUCUGCGAAGAGCUAAUGAAUCACUGUCUUGCACCCGAUUGCCAAAUGGGCGGACUCGGCGGCGAUAAUAUGACCGUUGUACUUGUUUGCCUGCUGCACGAUAAGCCCUACAGCGAUUUGGUUGCACGCUGCGGGAACAGCAAUCGAUCGGACCACGAUGAAGAUGCUGUCAUCACGGAUACUCCGGCGACUGCGGGGGAAGCAAGCGAGAAGGCGCAACUUUAGAUGGUUGUCGCUGACGUUGCCGUUGGAUUCAAUAGUCAAGCAAACCUGCUGCUGGGCAGCAUUAUAAUUGUAGAGCGCCUUACAAAUGCCAUUAAGGCGACCUUUUUUAGAUUGUGUACUUAAUGCGUCUGUUUCCCGGUUAAGUUAACGCUAUAUACUCGUACAAUCCUUACCCAAUUUGUUGUGUCCACCCAUCAGCCCAACCUUUCCUCCAAACGCAUUAAAUUUGUUGUUAAAACCAAAGUGAAAGGGCCAAUUGCAA